AUGGCCCUUAUCGUUGACAAGCACCGGCCGCGGUCCCUGGACCAGCUCACAUACCACACAGAGCUCUCAGAGCGUUUGCGCUCUUUGGCGCAAAGUGGCGACUUCCCCCACAUUCUCGUUUACGGGCCCUCGGGCGCCGGCAAGAAAACCCGUAUCGUCGCUACGCUCAAAGAGCUCUUCGGGCCCGGUGUUGAAAAAAUAAAGAUCGACGCGCGCGUCUUCCAGACCAGCAACAACCGCAAGCUCGAGUUCAACAUUGUCGCGUCCGUUUACCACCUCGAGAUCACGCCGUCCGAUGUCGGCAACUACGACCGGGUCGUGAUCCAGGACCUCCUGAAGGAGGUCGCCCAGACCCAACAGGUCGACCAGUCUGCUAAGCAGCGGUUCAAGGUGGUCGUGAUCAACGAAGCGGACCAUUUGACCAGGGACGCGCAGGCUGCGUUGAGGAGGACCAUGGAGAAGUACUCACCGAAUUUGAGGCUGAUUCUGUUGGCGAACUCGACGGCGAAUAUCAUCGCGCCGAUUCGGUCGCGUACGUUGUUGGUCAGGGUCGCGGCGCCGACGCAUGAGGAGAUUUGUGAUGUGUUGGCGGCAUCGGCGAAGAGGGAGGGUUGGCCGGUGGUAAAGGGAUUGCAUCAGAGGAUUGCGGUCGAGAGUGGACGGAAUUUGAGGAAGGCGUUGUUGAUGUUGGAGACGGUGCAUGCGCAGAAUGAGAAAGUAACCGACACCACACCGAUCCCCCCUCCCGACUGGGAAGCCCUGAUCGGCCAAAUCGCGCGCGAGAUCAUGGAGGAGCACACGCCGGCACGCAUUCUACAGGUCCGGUCGAAGCUGUAUGACCUGCUGACGCACUGCAUCCCGGCAACAACAAUUCUGCGCACGCUGGCCUUCAAGCUGAUCCCACUGAUCGAUGACGCUCUGAAGGCCGAGGUCAUCAAGUGGGCUGCCUUCUUCGAGCAUCGCAUCAAGACUGGAACCAAAGUGAUCUUCCACCUGGAAGCCUUCGUAGCCAAGUUUAUGAGGAUAUUGGAAAUGUAUUUGAUGAGCAUGGAUAUGUGA